UUUUUUUUCUUUUGCUGAACGACCCACAGUGUCGCACUGCAGAAGCAGAAGCAUUUUAACUUUUUUCCAGAAAUGCAUUGACUUUGCUUUAAUUGUUGGUUAGAAUAAAAAUAGAAAAAAACAGUACAACAAUUAAAUCUUAGGAAUCAAAGUAAAUUUCUACGUAAUGCUUGGUUAUUUUUACUUGACUGUUUUGUGGAAUAAAGCUUUGCGUCAUUGUUUGUCAUUUGAAAAGAAAAAAAUCUUUUCUCAUAUUAUUUAAAUUAAAAAUAUAAUUUGUUAUAUAUUAUAUUGAUAAUAUAUUUGUCUUGCACAUACAAUACAAAUAUCGUAUAAAUUUAUUCAAAACAAACUAAAAUUAAAACAUCGCAAUGAUUGUUGUAUGCAGAAGCUCGCAGUAGAAGAACAUAGCCUCAGUGCUGUCAAUAGGGAAGAGCUGUCAAAUCAAAAGGAUUAUUCAUAACGCAUUCCGGCUUCGAACAGAGAGUUUCACUUUGAAUAGUGCUGCGUUUUGUUACAGUAAAAUAUAUUUAAUUCCAUUUCCUCCAUUUGUAAGGGUGUGGUUGGUAAAGUUUCCUUCACCGUCUGCCAUCAAAGUUUUGCUGCUGAAUCAGGUACGUUUUUCACGAAGUUAGGUUAACACCGGACGAACGAAGGUAGCACCAACCCCUUUCUGCAAUAUGUGUAAUUUCUGAAAAAUUCCAACUAGUGCGGAAAGCCGAUGAGUAAGCCUAUUGAUGAAUGUUGCAAAUGACAGCAUUUUGUAUCUUUCUGUAGCCUACCAGGGAAGCCAAGCAUAUCGAAAUAUGGAAACAGGAAAUGAUGUUCGAAUCGUAAUUCGCAUUCCAGAGUGCUAUAUGUUUCUGCUGUCUGAUUUUGUGCUUAACCUCGAUCACAUCGACUAGAUCACGGCAGUAAACUCCAUUGAAUUGCAUUGAACAGGAAACUUGAAUUAAGCUUGCGACCAAGACGAAGAAAGAUGGCCGGGCAAUUAGUUUCGAAUCCAAUCAAUUGCACGGAUAUCGUAACUAUGGAGAUACACUCGAAAUUACGUUCGGUGCUGGGCUGGAAAGCACAGAUUACGCUGGGCACAAUUAAUCGUCCUAGAUCGACAACUGCUAGCUCCCCAUGGGAUUUGAAAAAUUUGUGCAAACGCGUUGAUCACCAACGGGCUAUUCGUGAACUGGUGGAAGAAGAACUCGAUGUUUUGCGGCACUUGACGCACUUAAGCCCAUUUCCGCCAGCUUUGCUGAUGGGCGAAAUAUGUCGUUUACGAAUGAUAAAACUACAUUGGCCCCGCACGCUGGCAGACGUGUUGUCGGAGCGAUAUCGGAACCAACAAGGGCCACUGGAACCUGCAAAAGCGUUGAAAGUUGUCGUUAUGAUGUUGCACGCACUUAAAUUCAAUCAGGAAAAGCUCCGACUGAUUCAUGGCGAUGUGAAAUCUUUCAACAUCUUAAUAGAAAAUGAUUUCGAAGUGGCAAUGCUGUCUGGAUAUGGCGCCAAGUCCAAAAUAGUAAACUCCAGCGGUAAUUACGAGCGUGGCUUCAAUCCAGACGAAGCACGAAACAUCGGGAUUGGUCUAUGGUCUGCACCGGAAGCUUUAAGUACUGGCACAGGAUAUAUUUUCUUGAAUUGCAAGGUGGAUAUAUUUUCGCUCGGAAUGGUGGUGUAUGAAAUGUUAGCCUGCAUGCCGCCUCACACGUUUCCGGGCAUCAAGGACACCGGCAUACUAGAAACGGAGGAGUUGCUGAAAACGGUCGACUUUUAUAACAAAGAACGGGCUGCUUUGUACAGAGCGCAAACAAGAAACAAACCGCGAUCAGUAGCACGCAUGUCAACUGCACCAUAUUGUCCCCCACCGAAGCCUAGAGUGAUUCAAAAGGAAAAGAAUCGAACAAAUGCAAAGCCGUCGCCAUCUUCGCGUACAAAGGAAAACAGAGACAUACAAUCCAUAAUGAAGUUGGCUCUCGAUAAGAAAAAGGAACAAUCGACAUCGACUGACGGAAAAGUUGCAAAGGCUACCCAAACGGAACCAAGACCUGCGGAGCUACCUGACUGUCUGAACUAUGCGGCUCUUGGUACAAGACCACUACUUCCAAGCAUGUUGGGGAAAGAGUAUGAAUUAUUGUUUCAGAUAUUUUACGUUUGUACCGAACGAUUCGAUCCCAUCCGCCCAACCGCUAGGGAACUACUAAACGCCUUAGUAGUUGUGGAAGAGUCCCAAGAAAAUGAAUAAGUUAUUAUGUUAUUAUUAGUUAUUAUAUUGUAAGUUAUUAGUUAUUAACUACAUCAGGCCAUAGACCUGUAAAGCCAUGACCAAAGGAUGUCACAAAGAUGUCGAUCGUAACAGUAUUAUAUCGAUGACAAUAAUAUAAUUAACACAUCAUUCCAUCUGCUGUGAGAUAAGCUAUUUAUGAUUGCGAUUGAUUGUAGCAUUAGUAAUAUAGAUGUGUCGAAAAGGGUCAACUUCAAAGAAGGAUCGCAGGAUGGCUUUCAAUUAACAAAUUAUCCAGUGUACGUCGGUAUUGCGAACGACCACACUUUAGAAUUGUAGAUUUAUAUUGCUAAUAAAACAGAACAUUAAUUUAGUUGGGGUUUUUUUUAUAGAUUUACUAUAUUUCUAAGAUAUUUACAGAUGCUGCUGGUUUACACAAGCUGUUCAUAAAUAUGUUUUAUUGAAUGUAAAGCUUAGAACUGCAUACAACGAUUCCUUUCCCGCAUUUUUAAAUUACCUCUCUUUUGUUAUUUCAAACCGUUAAAGCCGGUCACUUUCUGCGACGGUUUUAAAAUAUCGAAAAAUAAUUCUGCAACACCAAGAGAGCAUCCUACAAAGGAGGUACAGGUGUUAUCACUACCAUUUCGCCAGCUUAGUGCGUCAUUUAGCGAUCUCCCUCCCGCAUGUGGCGGAUAACUCUCUCUCUUUCAUGCGGCUAAUUUCCCGUCCAUCCGAAUAGGUUACCUUCUACCAUGGAUGCUCUCUUGGUGUUGCAGAAAACUGAUUCUUCAAUACUAAGAAAGAUGAUGCUUUUACACCUACGGAGUAAUCUUCUAGCCGAGAUGAAGUAGUAUGGGUGAUCGGUAGUUUCUCAACACCAAGAGAGCAUCCUUCAAAGCAGGUAAAAGGUGUUAUCACUCCCCCCUGCUUAGUGCCUCAUUUAGCGAUCUCUCUCCCGCAUGUGGCAGAUUAUUCUCUCUUUCAUGCGGAUUAGUUCCCCUCUAUUCUGCAAACAGCAAGAGACCAUCCUGCAAAGGGGGAGGAGUUAUCGCUACCAUUUCUCCAGCUUAGUGCCUCAUUUAGCGGUCUCUCUCCCGCAUGUGGCGGAUAAUUAUCUCUUUCAUGCGGAUUAUUUCCAAUCCAUUCGAAUAGGUUACCUUCUUCCGUGGAUGCUCUCUUGGUGUCGAGAAAUCAUUUUUGAUUUUUAAGCCGUCAGCGUUUUCGGAUCGAAAAAUGAUUCUGCAACACCAGCAUCACGCGGACAUUUGCGAAAGAAAAUGCAGGAGCAAUUUAAUUAAUAAU